ACCAAAAACGCAGGCCAACAUCCUCGGCCUUUUCUUUUUUGCUUUUUCUGAUCUCUGUCGACUCAUUUGCUUUCUGAUCGAGCUCUUCACAGUUGGCGGCAACAUGGCGUUCGAGAAGAUCAAGGUCGCGAAUCCAAUCGUCGAGAUGGACGGAGAUGAAAUGACUCGGGUCUUUUGGAAAUCAAUUAAAGACAAGGUGAGACACGCUUCUCUUCCCCCUUUGCUUUCUCUUAUUUUCCCCUUUCUGGAUUUAGAUAUAAAGUACUUUGACCUAGGCCUUCCUCAUCGUGAUGCUACAGAUGAUAAGGUUACAGUAGAAAGUGCGGAGGCAACUCUUGAAUAUAACGUGGCAAUCAAAUGUGCAACAAUAACUCCAGAUGAAGCUCGUGUCGAGGAGUUCAACCUGAAAUCGAUGUGGAGGAGCCCAAAUGGUACUAUCAGAAAUAUCUUAAAUGGUACAGUGUUCAGAGAACCAAUAAUGUGCAAAAACAUCCCUCGACUUGUUCCAGGAUGGACUAAGCCUAUAUGCAUUGGAAGACAUGCUUUUGGUGAUCAGUACCGUGCAACUGAUGCAGUUAUUAGAGGGCCUGGGAAACUCAAACUAGUAUUUGAGGGAAAAGAAGAGCAAGUCGAACUGCAGGUCUUCAGCUUUACAGGUGCUGGGGGAGUGGCCUUGUCUAUGUAUAAUACUGACGAGUCUAUUCGUGCCUUUGCUGAGUCUUCAAUGAACACUGCUUACCAAAAAAGGUGGCCGCUUUAUCUGAGCACAAAAAAUACAAUCCUGAAAAAAUAUGAUGGAAGGUUUAAGGACAUAUUCCAGGAGGUUUAUGAGGCAGGCUGGAAGUCAAAGUUUGAGACUGCUGGAAUAUGGUAUGAACACCGGCUCAUUGAUGAUAUGGUUGCCUAUGCACUUAAGAGUGAAGGAGGUUAUGUGUGGGCCUGCAAGAACUAUGAUGGAGAUGUACAGAGUGACUUCUUAGCUCAAGGUUUUGGAUCUUUAGGCCUGAUGACAUCAGUACUGGUGUGCCCUGAUGGAAAAACAAUUGAAGCGGAAGCUGCGCAUGGAACAGUCACCAGGCAUUAUCGGGUCCACCAGAAAGGAGGUGAAACCAGUACAAAUAGCAUUGCGUCAAUUUUCGCUUGGUCACGUGGCCUUGCACAUAGGGCAAAGCUAGAUGGCAAUGCCAGACUACUCGACUUCACCCAGAAACUGGAAGCUGCGUGUGUUGGAACUGUAGAAUCCGGGAAGAUGACCAAGGAUCUUGCUCUUCUAAUUCACGGAUCCAAGGCCACCCGUGAUCAGUAUCUGAACACUGAGGAGUUCAUUGAUGCAGUUGCAGAAGAGAUGAGAGCAAGGCUUACAAGUCAAUCGAAGUUGUAACCUCACUCUCAUAAAAUAGGCUUCAUCAAGCUCUCAAUGAGUUUGAAUUAGAGGAUAGAGGACUGCUGAAGAAUUGUCCGAUGUUGUU